AUGAACACCCCGAGGCUCCUGCUCGCCAGCGGCGUGGUGCCAGGCAACGGCGCCGUCGGGCGCGGCCUCUCCGACCACACCUACGCAGGCCAGACGUACAAGAUGCCGACUGGCUCCACGAGGAUCGGCGUCUUCCCGUACUCCCCGCCCCUCGCGGCCGCCAUCGAGGCGUACGCGGCGAACAGGAGCGGCGGCCUGGCGCAGUUCGGGCCCCUCCUCGUGGCCUUCUGGCGCAGCCCGAACACGACCGGCGCAGCGGAGGACUACGACGUGGAGAUCUGGGUGGAGCCCUCCGAUAACCGACGGAGGUCACGCUGUCAUUCUCGCUCAUGCGCCCCACGUGCUCCAGUGCAGACUUGGUGCUGA